GCAUAUUGUAUUUUUUUUCCCUUUUACUUGUCUCAAUCCGUGGCUUGAGGGGAAUCCUCACGACUCGUUUUAGAACCGGCACUCGAGUACUCAGCUAACGGUAUCAUAACCGUUAUUGUUCUAGUGCGGGUCGAGCAGGGAGGCAUCAGCCCAGCGUUGAAAAAAACGUUUAUGCAAGCUUUAUUGGUUAAAGGACCGUGCGAGCAAUGGCUUUUUGUGCUCGUGUAUCUGCACUCGAAAAAGGGACCUUUUCGCCCGGGGCUGAAUGCCCGUACUCGAGUACACGUGUAAUAAGCGAGUUCGAAAUCAAUACUCGAGUACGGUACUAACUUAGUUACUGAAGUUGAUUUCAUGGAGUGCCCCUCAUUUUCUCAGCCCCGGCUAGCUACUCGAGCACCGGUAUCAUACUCGAGUAGAGGUGAUGGCGGAUGGCAGUGCGCAUGGUUGGGAGAUUGGAGCAUAAAUGGAUGGUUCAAUAUGAGACGAUAUGAUAACAGGUUUUCUUUCCUUUUUCCUAUUCUUAACUUAGGACACUUGGGAUAUCAGUGAAUGUCUCAUAGGGUAACUUCCCUGCAUCCCUUACGUUAUGGAGGAUUGGUCCGGGGAAGGCGAGCGAGCGCCCCCAACUGACAAGUCCUUCCAUAACUCGUUCAGGAGGAAUGGAUGGAGGGGCAACCACUUUGCUGGCACCGUGCACCGCCCGAAAUCGAAAAGCAAAGGCUUAAAUCUAUUUUUCUUUCAAGUUACGGCCUCCCUGUACGUUAUGUUUCACGGGGCGCAUAUGGGGUGUGUGAUGAGCCUAAAAUGUGUUGGGUGUUUGGCUGGAUCAAAAAAAAAAAAUUUAUGAUGAAAGCUUAAAUAUCCACCACCUCCCUUUCAAGCUCUCGUCCCAUUUUCAACCACCCAGUCUUGCAGAACCUCAUACCUUGGGAAGUCCAACACCUUACGACCCAAACUCACCGAUCCUCCCGAUACACAGUUUUCACGAGUCCCACUACCAAUCAAUCACAAUGAGAACUGCCAUCUUCAUCUCUUUCCUCAUUUCCAUCAUCGCAUUCAUGACUACACCGAUCGUCGCGUCCGCUAUCGACCGUCGUGCACUGUUCGAGGGACAGCCCGAUAUUGUCGUUCGCUCGCCAAAGGGCAAGACCAAGUCUAGCAAGAGCAGCAGCACUGAGGAGGAGGGAGCACAAGCGUCCGGAACACCAAGCUUUGGCUUGCCAAACCACGUCGCGCAACUCACCACCGUCGGCGCUGUUGGCGCAGCGGCAGUCGCGUUCUUGAUCUAAAUGUGGGGGGAUAAACGAUUGUAGUUGAGAUUGAAUCGAGUUGAAUUGGCUUGGAUUCUGGCAUGUUUUCUCGUCUAUCAUACAUCGUCUGUUUGAUAGAUAUAUCUUUUUUUGUUAGAGCGCUGUUUAUUGACGGGAUGGGGAAUGGGAACGUACUACUUUACCACGACUUUAGGUUCUUGCGAUGGAAACAUCUUUAGUUAAUAAUCUACCCAUCGGGAAACUACUCUACA